AUGUCGAGUGAUGAUAAAAGUAAAUCUGGUGAACAAAAGACUGAGCCCAAGUGUGAACAAAAGUGUGAGCCCAAGUGUGAACAAAAGUGUGAGUCCAAAUGCCAGCCCAGCUGUUUAAAGAAGCUGUUGCAACGGUGCUCUGACAAGUGUCCACGGGACAAGUGUCCAUCACCAUGCCCACCAAAGUGCCCCCCUCCGUGCCCCCCUCCGUGCCCCCCACCAUGCCCUCCCCCCAAGCCCUGUACCAAGCCCUGUCCUCCUAAAUGCCCCUCUCUGUGCCCACCCCCAGAGUGA